AUGGCUAUUAAAGACAGAGUAAAGAGAAUCUCAAGAGUGUUUAACCCUGAUUCAAAAGAGGCUAAGACUCACAAGACCACUAAUGAAACUGGAGCUACCACUGACGCUACUGCUACCACCGCAGAGCCAGUUGAAGUUUCAAAGACUGACGACGCUGCCGCUGCUGAGCCCCAGGCUGGAUCCGAAGCUACUGACGCUGCUACUCCUGCAGCUGCUGGUGAAGAAGUAGUUGGACAAGAAGAGACUGUGACCGAGCCAGUUACUAAACUGAAUGGUGAUGGCAUUACUGCAUACGCAGAUGCAACUAAAACAGACGAGGCAGCUGUAGUUAAGGAUACACCUGAAGUUGCACAAGCAUCUUCAACUACUGCUACUGCUGCACCAAAAACUGAAGCUGAUGUUAAUGUUGAUGCAACUGGUGCUGCCGCUACUACUACUACUACUAGCCCUGUUGAAAUCACAGAGGGAACGCCUCUUGAAUUGAGUGACAAUGGUAAUGGUGCAACCACAGCUGAGCCUGCCGCCGCCAAGGAUACUGAACCAAUAGCAGAGCCAGUCACUACUGAAGAAGCCAAGACUUCUACCUCGAACCAGACCAAGAAGUCUAAUUUCUUCAAGAGGUUCUACAGCAAAUUCCAAAAACCAGUGAUUGCAAAGUAA